AACUAGUCGGUGACUUGAUACAUAGUAGCAGCAGCACCCAAAACGAUGAACUCCAUUCAACUGAUCGCCGCAGUGUUUGUGCUGGGGCUUGUACAGCUGGCCAGCGGACAGGUUGUCUCGACUGGACAGUGCCAGGACUAUCCGGUGCACGUGAACUUCGAUGUGCCCCGCUACCUGGGCCUGUGGUACGAGAUCCGCCGCUACGAGCAGGUGUUCCAGCGGGGUGGCGAGUGCGUCACGGCCGAAUACUCCCUGAACGAGGAUGGUAGCGUGCGCGUCUUCAACUCGAUGAUGGUGCCCCCGUCUCAGGUCCGCUCGUCCGAUACGGGCCGUGCCGUGGUUGCCUUCCCCGAUCAGUCUCCGCUCGAGGCUAAGCUGAACGUUACCUUCGAUGCUGGAGCGGUCGACGUUUCCGCCAACUACUGGGUGCUCGGUACGGACUACGACAACUAUGCCGUCGUUUGGGGCUGCUUCGGAGUGGCCGACACGCUGCGCGCCGAGAGUGCCUGGGUGCUGUCCCGCACUCCCCAGCUGUCUGCCCAGGCUGAGGCCGAAGUGCAGCGCUAUGUCGAUGAGUUCCUGAACGAGGCGGACCUUCGCCCUACCAUUCAGGACGGAGAGUUCUGCUGCUCCAUUGAUCCCGCAAUCACCACCUACCCACCGUGCCAGUAUCUGGCCGUUGAUCGCACCGUGGAAGGUUCGCACGAGAGGAACAGUUUGAGAGCAGCGAUGUUUGCCCGUGUGGUUGCGCUUGUGGUGGUUGGGUGUGUGGCCUGUGUUGCCGGGCUACUGUCGGACGCCGCCUGUCCGCAGGAUGUGACGGCGAUGAAAGACUUCUCGCUGAACGAUUACGCCGGCCGUUGGUUCGAGAUCAAGCGCUACGAGCAGUUCUACGAGAAGGAUCUGGACUGCGUGGUGGCCGAGUAUCAGAAGACGGGCGAUGCCAGCAUCUCGGUGAAGAAUGGUGCCUUCAAUCUGGCGAACGAUACGCGCGUGGUGGCCGACGGUACGGCCGUGGUGUCCUUCCCGGACGAUGCGACACGUCCGGCGAAGCUUAGUGUCGCCUUCUUCGGAGCUAAGCCUGAUCGCAGCAACUACUGGGUGCUGGACACGGACUACACCUCCUUCGCCGUCGUGUGGUCCUGUGAGCCGUACUACCGGGAUCCGUCCAAGAAUGUCCUGGGCUUCUGGAUUUUCUCUCGCAACCCAACCUUCCCAACCGACGAGGCUGUGGUGAAGCGCGUCGAUGAGCUGGUCAAGAAGUACGCCGACGCAUCGAAGUUCGAGGUGCCUAACCAGUCCGACGAACGAUGCCCACGAUCAGUGAAAAUGUUUAAGCGAUUGGUGUGCUGUGCGCUCUUCCUGGCCACGCUGGUCCAGGGUACGAUCUUCGAGCGUCCGUGCCGUACGGAUGUGUCGGUAGUGCAAGACUUCCAGGUCGAGAAGUAUCUCGGGCUGUGGUACGAUCUCGAGCACUAUGAGGCAAGCUUCGAGCAGAACACGGAUUGCGUAACGGCCGAGUACAGUCGCUAUGAGGACGGUUCGAUCCGGGUGUUCAAUUCCGCCGUCCGGCUCACCGAUGGACUGCUGUACGCCGUCGACGGCGUCGCACUGUUGAGCUAUCCGGAAGCGGAGGUCCUUGAGGCCAAGCUGAACGUGUCGUUCUACGGAGCACCGAAUGAUGAAUCCAACUACUGGGUGCUGGAUACGGAUUACGAGAAUUACUCGCUCGUCUGGAGCUGCCAACCGAUCGGCGAGGAACGAUCUCUCGAAUACUACUGGCUACUGUCGCGCACCCCAUCCCUGCCGGAAGAUGGCGAGCUGAGGGAAACAAUCGAAGCGCUCAAGGAGCAGAACGGAAUCGUCGAUGAUGAGCUCAUCAUUACGGAACACUUUGCCGAAGGUUCCGAUAUUAAGGACUUGUUGUGUGCUUCCUUUCUCAAAUUUGUGACAGUGUUUAAAAAAAAAUCGGCUUUAAAAAUGAUCAACAAAGUGUGGUACAUUCUCGCCCUGACCCUACUCGUGAAUUGGUUAGACGUGGAGGGCUUCCUGGUUAAGGAUGGCAACUGCACACUGGCUACAGUUAACUUACCCUUCGUGAAAGACUUCGAAGUGGAGAAGUAUCUUGGACAAUGGUACGAACUGGAGCGGUACGAGCAGGACUACGAGCGAAACAUGGAGUGCGUUACGAUCGUGUACCGUCGAGCACAGCCGUCCGAUCGGAUGAUGGAGGUGAACUAUCGUGGCUUUCUACCCUUCAAUGACACCAUCAACACCUUCAGCGGAAUCGGCGUGUUUAGCGAGGAACCCGUACAGGAAAACAGCAACACAACCACCAGCAGUACGACGACGGUUGCGAAGCUGAUCGCUUCCUUCGGCAAAGCCAACAACACCACCAACUACUGGGUGGUGGACACGGAUUACGUCAACUACGCGAUCGUGUACUCCUGCGCGAUGUUCCUCGAGAUGAACCAGGCGGUGGAGGGCUACUGGUUGCUGUCCCGUAUGCCCAAUCUACCCAACAUUCCGAAAGUGAUCGAACGAGUGUCGUACCUCCGAUCGACGUACUUCGAGGUUUCGCAUAUGCGUGUCACCAACCACACGGAGCAACUAGCUAAUUGUGUGGCUGCUUGUCGUUUGGAACGAUCCGAGAUCAUGUCGUUUACUGUCGAUGUUCGAGGGUUGCUGGUGGUGAUAGUGGCAGUCGGUUCGAUUGCACUAGGUCAACGGAUCGUCAGUCAACCCUGUCCAGAUCCGGCCAGUCGUCCGAUCAUACAGUAUUUCGAUCUGCAAAGAUAUGUCGAGGGUCGGUGGUACGAGAUCUCGCGGUACGAUCAACACUUUGAGAAGGAUUGUGACUGUGGGUAUGCCACGUACACACCGCAAGCAGAUGGGUCCGUGAGGGUGCAGAACUGCUGCGAACGGCUACCCAACACAACCUUGAAAUGUAGCAUCGGGAAGGCGGUCGUCAGCUUUCCGGAUGAGUUCCCGCUGGAAGGAAAGUUUAAUGUUACCUUCGGAGGACCACCGAAGACUUCCAACUACUGGAUCCUGGACACGGACUACGACAACUAUGCGCUGAUAUACUACUGCAAGAACCUGUCCGAAAGCAAGUCGGCUGAAGCUGCCUGGGUACUGUCGAAGCAGCGUACGAUCAACCCGUCCGUUCGGGACACUGUCGACAAGCUGGUGGAUAAGUACUUCGUCCGACAGGAUAUGCGUGUGACGGAGCAAGGCCAGAGCAAGGCGCGCGUUCAGCGGGCAACAAACUGCGAUGAGUGCAAAACUUUCCUCACCGCCGGCCAUCCCGGAGGCACCCAGCCGGCAAACACAUUAGAACAAACAGAACUGCGUAAAAAAAGGGGGCGUUUGGUGUUGCACGUUGCCAAAAUUCGGAAUUCCCAACCCGAGCCAGCUGCGGUGAUUGUCGUUUGCCGCCACAAGAUGAAAGUGAUCCCAUUUUGGAUGGUAACAAUGGCGUACCUCUGGUGUGCCAUUGAUGUGUGUCGUGGUGGUUUGCUCACAACUACCUGCCUGCAGUUUGAGGAAGAUUACAACUUCAAGGAGGAUAAGUUUGCUGGCAUGUGGUACGAGGUACGGCGCCUCUACGACCCCUCCGUCCCGCAGCACGAGGACUGUGUGGUGAUGAACUACCAGCUCGGUGAAAAGGGAAGCUUCAACAUACGCGAAUCGUACCAGAUCGGGGACGAGAGUGAACCGAUCUAUCGGGGUGGCAAGGCGGACCCGAAAGUCUUCCAAGACGCCCGUAUACCCAAGUUUUUCGAGCGCUUCAACACGACCGAUCCGGCUGAUCCGGACCUGUCGAUCGACAUCGUAGCGACGGACUACAGCAGCUACGCGGUCGUAUACUCUUGCACCUCGAUCAAUUCUACCCAUCACAAUGAAACGGCCUGGGUACUUUCGCGACAGCCGGCACUGGCGAAGAAUAUGGUCGAGCUGGUGAACCUCUUCCUCGAGACGCGGUUCACGCGGGACGAUCACAAAUGGCGUGCCACGAUGCAGACGGCCGAUUACUGUAAGCCAACGCUGGUGGAAGAUUUGGCCAGCCAUAGCACGGCUAGUCGCGUCCGCCGGCUGUUCGGUAGCAUCCCGCUUGCUGUCCUGCUCGGAGCGAUGCUGGUAAAACUGUUCCACUAACUUUUUAGUGCUGGCUGGCGUGUUCCUGCAUCAUACGUAUCCUUCCUGCUCCCGCCCCUUUCCUAGUCAUGAGCGUUUGCGUGUUUGUAAGCCCGUUUGGUGUAAACUUUACGUCCGUCGGCAUUAGGUUAAACAUUAUACGAAGUAAACAGUGCGCCACACCCGGGGUGCCAAUGUGCCGUGUA